UUACCGUCAGGACAUUUUAAACCGGAGGCAAGCUCCAGUGUCGCCCGCACAAACGUAAUCAGCCUAUACCUCCGAAUUUUCGAGUUUAACACAUCUCUUGAGAUCAGAGUGAAAUGAAGUUUCAGUCCCUUUGAGAUCUCUGAGCGCACAACGCCUGACUGCUAUCAUUCCAAGGCGCUCAAGAAUGCGAACCUAGCUUAGGGAAAAACUAUUUGGUGCGGAAAUUCGUGUCUUUUCCGCCCACCAUCGGGGGCCGCGCCGGCCGGGUCCCGAGCGAUGCCCUGGCGUGGAGUUUGGGGGCGCAACGGGGCCCGGCGGGGGCGGCGAGCGCGCGUUCCCCCGCCCGCUCGGGCGGCGUCGAGGCGCGAGCAGGCUCAGCCAGCCUUGCAGAGGGAGCUCUCGGCAGUUCAGGGGUCCCUCUCUCUGCUCGCAGCCACAGCAGCGCCGCCUGCGCCACUCGGCGGUGACGGAGACCAGCCGCGGCGAGGAGCGGACUCGGAGAAACGACAGAGCAGCAGCCCAGCUGCUGGAGGAGCACUCAGGGCGGCCGGCUUUGGAUACAUGAGAAAGAAGAGUGAGAGACAAGAAGAAAAGCAUGCACCUGUCAAUUUCCUCUGUGCAGAGUUCUGAAGAUGGUGAGCAAGACAUGGCUGUGACCUGGGUGGUCUUAAAUGAUGAGACCCAUCAGCAUGUUAUAGGCCUUGGAAGCCCAUUUCCACUUGCCCCCUCUAGGCACACACCUUCCUUGCCCUGAUAGCUGUGACUCUUGAUAAUAUCACCCAUCUCCCCCCAACCUGGGGCAGCAGGCUCCCAACUGUCCUGAAUCUGAGCCGGAAGAACAAAUGUCUCCCCCGCCUGCAGGAGGCAGGGUAGGAAGUAAGAGUUCUGAGGCAGCUGUGCCCUGCGUACGCCUCCCACCAUCCGACAGACCAAGAUCUGCUGUUGGGCUAAGAGACCCGCCAGCCUGACCUCACGUUGCGAAUUGAGAGGUCAAGUGGUUGUCCUGUGCUUGAUCCAUGCUGCUUCGAGCCCAGAAGACUUGAGGGGCAAAGGGCUGAGGGGCCUUCCCUGGCCUUGAGUUUUCAUUUAGCUGUGCCCCCUGUGCCCUGACUCUAGUUCCUAUCCAUCCUGUCCUCACCCUGUCUCAGCUAGGACAGAAGCCUAGGACCCUCCUUGUAGAAGACAGAGGGGUCUUGUUCCUUCUGUUUUGGAGGACGGGGAUAUUCAGUGACGGUCAGAAUUGAAUGAUGACAUGCUCCCAUCCUGUAUUCCUUGCCAGGCACUGUCCUGUGGUUUGUGCUGUGAGGUGGCGGUCACCAUCUUCACUUUCCUAAGGCCUGCUCAGCCAAGGUUUGACUCCACUGUUCCCCCCCACUCUGAACAGUCCUGCCCUACCAGUGGGCCUUUUCUGUGGCUUCAGGCCUGCAGAUUCUGCUGGUGGUUCUGGGACUUGCCUCCAAACUAUGACCAGCGAUAGGCAGUGGUGUGGUCUGUCACCUGAUUGUUUUGUCUACUCCAUUUUACCCCAGCUGACCAACCAAAAAGCUAACUGCCCUCCAUCCUGCCCGGCCAUGCCAGUGUGUGAGGGCUGUCUGCCCGCCCUCCCCGCUCCCCCCUGCCCCCACCAGACUAUAGUGAACUGCCAGCAUCCACUCACAGGUGUUUCCUGUUGCCGUUUCUUUUGUUCAGCCUGACCUCCCCAGCAGGUGGUGAUGGCCCAGCCAAAAACCUCUUCAUAGGCAGUUCUGAAACACUGGGGUAAAGCUCCCCAGGGAUCUGGGUCACCCCCACCACAUCUAGGCAAACUGUUGACACCUAAUUGGCUCUUCUUGAGUGCUCCCCAUCUCCCCACGACAGCUUUGUGCACACAGUGUCUGUCACACUAGUGUGCUCUAUCACCACAGGUAUUGGGAUAGCAGAGUGCGCUCAAGCUGGGGAGACCUUAUGCACGACCAGUCUCUCCAGACAAUGGAAAUUCUGACAGGAGGAUGGAGGGUUCAUUUCUCUAGCCAUGGGUGUGGAAAUCUCUCGGGACCUUCUUAGAAAAGGCCUGCCAUCCCGAAACCCCACCCCACCCUCCAGUCCCUCCCAAAGGUCUCCUAACUUAGGUUAACAACUCCUGUGUUGGAGGCAGGGAAGCCCUCCUGGGGAGCCCUACUUCCUCAACACAGGUCUGCGGGCUGUUGGGGGCCACAGAGUUCACAGGCUUGUUUUUGCAGGGAAGGAGGGGCCUCAGGGAGGGAAGGACCUGGCUGUCUUGGUUCACCGGACAGCCAUCCGGGUCUCCUGUCUCCCAGGCCCCACUCCUCCCCUAAGCGAGGGUUCCCACCUCCCCACACAAGUCGCUUCUUGAGCUCCUCGGUAGGAAGCUGCCUAGUCAGAGGGCCACCGACAGAAGCCUGCCACCUACGGAUGCCGUUCUGCUGCCCCCUGGUGGCCACAGCUCAGGCACCCCGUGCCAGCUUCUUUUGCUUUCUCUUUGCCCGCCAGCCACAGCCUGUCUGGAAUAAGCAUAGUUCGGGCCUUCUCUGGGCCAGCUGCUUAGAUCCACUCGGGCUGGAGUUCCCAGCCUGGCUGCAGGCUCAGCCUGUUCAGCAGCGCUCUCUUCCCUUCUCUGUCUCUUCUCCAAGCACAACCCUGGACUCUGGGCUUCCUUCCACCCGGAUUUCUAGGGCAAAUGCCCA